CGAGGGGUCGACCUAUCACCUUCAGGCAGAGCGCGAACGCGAUUGCGACUUCGAAAGUGUGAAAGGCCGUAUAGGCCAAGUGGUGACGUGUCCAGGUGCCCGUGAUGGUGCUUUAGUGCCCAUGGCAUCCCUGGUGGCCAACUCUUGGCGCGAAUCUCCGCUGCUACCAUCAGCAGGACUGAACUCAUUGAACCCGUUACCACCGGUUACGGCUGUCCAGCCACCAAACUCUGUUCAGGCCGUUGGGUCUUUAUCAGAUGCUCCUUCUGGAGAUCUGGCACUUUUGAGCCGACAAACACCGUCUCAAAAUAGUACCGGCAGCGCCGAUAAAAACCAAAACAUCGAGUGUGUAGUGUGUGGGGACAAAAGCUCAGGCAAACAUUAUGGACAAUUUACAUGCGAAGGUUGCAAAUCAUUUUUUAAACGUAGUGUUCGACGGAACUUGACAUACUCGUGUCGUGGUAGUAGGAAUUGCCCUAUAGAUCAGCAUCAUAGAAAUCAAUGCCAAUAUUGUCGACUUCGAAAAUGCAUAAAAAUGGGAAUGCGAAGAGAAGCUGUUCAGAGAGGUAGGGUACCGCCUUCUCAACCUGCAUUGCCAGGUCUACCGAAUCAGUUCCUUAAUUCUUCAGAUCCAGUUACGACCUCACUCAGCAACCAUACGUACCUCAGUAGUUACAUAUCUUUACUCUUAAGGGCUGAACCCUAUCCUACAACUAGGUAUGGUCAGUGCAUACAAACCAACAAUAUAAUGGGCAUCGAAAAUAUUUGCGAACUGGCUGCAAGACUGCUUUUCUCAGCUGUAGAAUGGGCAAGAAAUAUUCCGUUUUUUCCCGAUCUUCAAGUCACCGAUCAGGUGGCGCUACUGCGAUUAGUUUGGUCUGAACUAUUCGUAUUAAAUGCGAGUCAGUGUUCCAUGCCUCUACAUGUUGCACCCCUUAUAGCUGCUGCAGGGUUACAUGCGUCUCCUAUGUGUGCAGAUAGGGUUGUCCAGUUUAUGGACCAUAUUAGAAUAUUUCAAGAACAAGUAGAAAAAUUAAAAGCUCUACAUGUAGAUUCAGCAGAGUAUUCUUGUCUUAAGGCAAUAGUACUUUUUACGACUGAUGCCUGCGGUCUCAGUGAUGUAGCUCAUAUAGAAUCAAUACAAGAGAAAUCUCAAUGUGCUCUGGAGGAGUACUGUAGGUCGCAGUAUCCAAACCAGCCCACUAGAUUUGGCAAGCUCCUUUUACGUUUACCUAGCUUAAGAACUGUCAGCUCUGCAGUGAUAGAACAGUUAUUUUUUGUUCGGCUAGUGGGCAAAACACCUAUAGAAACUCUUAUACGAGACAUGCUUUUAUCCGGUAGUUCAUUUUCUUGGCCGUAUAUGUGAUAUUUAAAAUUGUACUAGUUCUGCUAGUCCAAUUAUUGUCCGUUAAUGUUAUUUGUUAAAUGUGAAUACAAAAGACAAUCGUCAUCGCGUAAGUAGUGUUGUAUUCAAAUGUGAAUCAGAAACUCACAUAUCAGAAACAACAGUUUGUUAAAACGAUAGUAUAUUAAUUUGCCAAAUAAACCGACUGAGUAAUACUCGGAGUGAAAUUAAUGUUCCUUUUGUAUAACAAUGAAAUCAUAGAAAUAGAAAAUAUAUAAAUUAAAAAUAAUAGAUACUAUUAAGUACUAUAGUAGGUUAUUCCAUAAAACAUAUUUAUUAUAAUAUGAUGUGUUCGAAAUUUGAUGCUAACCAUCAUUGGGUAUUGUUGGAUAUUUAGUUGAUAGUUGAUAAUACGUGCCCUCACAACAAGUAACUGUUCAAAUUGCCAAAAUUGUCAAAUUCGGAAAAUCGUUUUUAUUCUGAUGCACAUAAUAGCCCUGAGUCUAUCUACUGCAAAAUUUUCACGUAAUGCAUAAAGUAGUAUGUAUGCUAAACGCAUUUCGCUCAUUUUCCUUUCGAUUCCAGCAACAUCAUAAAUAGUGUUUUGCUCCUACAGGUGGCAAUAGUAUUAUGAUAGGUUCAAAGGGACUAACAUGAAAUUCAAUUUCAAAGCGCACGUUUUUGAACAAUAAAUAGAAAUGUCUAUUCUUUACGACUAAUUGGAACAGAUUUUUUUUUUCUGGUGGCCCUACUCACUCAUAUGAUUUGUGUCCAUGUAGUUCUCUCUCCUAAAUAAGGUCUCAUAAGUCCUCCAAAUGAGAGUGUAAGAAUAAAGGGCUAGAAUUAGGCUCUAAAACAAAUUACUCGAGAUAUCUCGCUUUUCAUUGACUCUACGAGAAAAAUCCACGACUGCCAUAUCUAUUGAAAUGUUGUCAAAUUCAUGUUUCUUCUUCGCGGAAAUCUGAAUCAAUCUCAGAACUUUAAGUUUCUACUUCGGUGACGGUUUUUUUUUUCUGACGAGGCUCAAUUUGGUUCAGCAUUCAAGUAAGAUUGUCCAUGGCAAUAACCGCAAACUAAAUUCGUGAGCAAUUAAAUCGCAAUCAUUGUUAGCAACACAAUGGUUCACAAUCUUUCGUACACUUGCAGAAAAUCAUCUUCAAAGGGUAGUCAGGAGCAGGAAGUUGGGAUGAUAUAGUAUCUAUGACAUUCUCCUCACUCUUCAAAAUACAAUUUAUUACCAUCCCAUUUCUGUACUCGAAAAUAAAUACGAAAUAGAUGCUCUUGAGCUGCGACUUGAGAGGGAGGUAACGAAUUCAAUUUGACUUCUUCGCUUCUGGUCACGUCACUUUCACUCAUCUUCCCCAUCCACAACCGUAGUAUUUUAACAUGGUACCUCACCCGCUAUUUUAAGUAUCAAAAUGUUCGCAUCAUCAUGAUGCGAACAUGCAUCAUCUUCACCAUGUCUCUGAAUAUAAUUAUUUGCCAUAAACUUUUCUGUCAACAUCAAAUCAAUCUACAUUUAUUUUUAUCAUUAGAAUUUCUCUUGGUUGCAAGUCAUCAAAGUAUAUGUCAACAAAUGAAGCUAUUGAGGUCCGGCGAAGCUGCUCCAUAGCCUCCACACUGUUUAUAAUACUUUCAUAGGCAUUAAAAACAAUAAUGGAGUUUCCAUCGAAAGUGAUUUUCCACAUAAUUAACAUAUAUAGGGUGGUCCAAAAAAAACCGGAAUUUUGUUUUUGG